ACUCCAAUCCCUACAUUUUCAUUAAUCAUUUAUUUCUACUUAGAAAAAAAUUGUUUAAUUUUCAUUCAUCAUAAUUAUUUUUCAUUUAAUAAAUUUUAUAAAAGUGUUACAAACACAUUAUCAUCACUAAUGCCGAUUGAAAUGGAAAAUUUACAUGAAAAAAUUGCCGAAGUUCGUUCACACAUUCUUGAUUUGUAUAAUGAGAAUAAAGAAUUAUAUGAUGAAAAUGAUAUAAAACGAAUUUUACAUGAAGAUUAUCUUAUUGAACGUGAUCUUUUAAUUCGAAAAUCGAUAAAAGAUACAAAAGAAAUGUUACCAGCUGCUUUGCGAUUUCGAAAAGAACUGAAUGUAUCGAAGUUGAAGGCCGUAGAUUUUCCAUUAGAAUUUCAUAAAUUAGCUAUCGUUUUUCAUUCUGGUUCUGAUAAAGAAGGCAAUGGUCUCAUAUAUCUCAGACUUAAACAUUAUCGACGCGUUAAAGAAUUAGAACAUCUAUUUAAACAAUUUCUACUUUACCAUAUUGAUGAAUUGGACAAAAAAACUCAACAAAAAGGUAUGGCUAUCGUGAUGGAUUUCCGUUCGACUGGACUCGUCAAUGUGGAUAUGGAAUUAAUGUGGUUUCUACUAAGAGCAUUAAUUCAAUAUUUUCCGUACGCUUUCAAUCAGUGUUAUCUUUAUCAGCUAUCAUUUGUGUACCGAUCGAUUUGGAGCGCUAUACAACGAUUAUUACCAGUUGAGCUGCUUCAGAAAAUGAAAAUGGUCAACGAUAAAACUAUAUUCGAUUAUAUUGAUCCUCAAAAUUUACCAUUAUUUAUGGGUGGUAAAUGUGCAAAAAACUUUUAUCAGUUACCACAAAAUUGUAUAACGGCAUCCGAAAUGGGCUUUAGUGAAAAAGAAUAUCAAAAUUAUUUGAAGGUAUAUAAAUAUCAAUUGGAAGAAUGUGAAAGAGAAUCUAAGCAAUUAGCCAAAAACGAAUUAAAUUCAUAUUAAUUAAUUAAUAAUAUUUUCCUAUAUUCAAUAAAUAUCAUGAAUAAUUUUAUU